CCCGUCUUCCAGGACCAUUAUUCCAAAGUUACAGAAAAAUAAAAUAAAACCCGCACCAGCAACACACCGUCAGUGACUCCGAAGGCUAAGCGAGUGCUAUCAAAUGGAAGCCUGAUUGUUGACUGUGGUGAAAAACGAUGCAGUGGUACUUCGUCGCGACUCUUCUCACUAUUCUUACUAGUUCUCAGGGAAUUUUGACAACUCUCUCUCAAAGUCAUGGAGGGUAUAAGUAUGAUUAUGCUACUGUUCCAUUUCUUGCUGAAGUUUUCAAGUUGGUGGUUUCUAGUUUUCUUCUUUGGAGAGAGAUCCAGACAUCUUCUCCAAGGAUGACAACAGACUGGAAAAGUGUCCGCUUGUUUCCCAUUCCAUCUAUCAUAUAUCUGAUUCACAAUAAUGUUCAGUUUGCUACACUGACUUAUGUUGACACUUCCACUUAUCAGAUCAUGGGUAAUCUGAAGAUUGUCACGACUGGCAUAUUAUUCAGGGUAUUCUUGAGGAGAAAACUCUCUAAUCUCCAAUGGAUGGCUAUUGUGCUAUUAGCUGUUGGAACAACCACAAGCCAGGUUAAAGGUUGUGGAGAAGCUUCAUGCGAUUCUUUAUUUUCAGCACCAAUCCAAGGGUAUAUGUUGGGUAUCCUGUCUGCUUGCCUAUCAGCAUUAGCAGGUGUUUAUACAGAGUUUCUGAUGAAGAAGAAUAAUGAUAGCUUGUAUUGGCAGAAUGUACAAUUGUAUACGUUUGGUUCUAUUUUUAAUAUGUUCCGGCUUCUAAUGGAUGACUUCAGAGGAGGGUUUGAAAAGGGACCUUGGUGGCAACGCCUUUUUAAUGGAUAUAGUAUUAUAACUUGGAUGGUUGUUUUGAACCUUGGAUCCACCGGAUUGUUGGUGUCAUGGUUGAUGAAGUAUGCUGACAAUAUUGUAAAGGUUUAUUCCACCUCAAUGGCAAUGCUGCUAACAAUGCUUUCAUCUAUAUACCUUUUCAAUUUUAUGCCUACAUUACAGCUUUUCUUGGGCAUUAUUAUUUGCAUGAUGUCUCUGCACAUGUAUUUUGCUCCUCCAAGCAUGCUUGUAGAUGUACCUUCAACUGUGAAAGCAGUUCCGGACAACCUAAGGGAAAUUACUGUCCAUCGAAGAACAGAUGCCUAAUUUUUCAUGGAGAUGAGGGAAAUCCUAAGCAAGGUAGAGAAAGUACAAUACAAGUAUAAUUGGCUUAAGUACAAUGAUUUAAAAUUACAGAGGAUGAUAUAAACUUGUAUAAUAAUACUUCGUGCACUAGAAAUAGAUGCAAAUAUAGGUACAAACAUUGAUGUGUUAUCAUGUGAUAUGACGGUUUUGAAUUAAUGAUAAGAUAACACCUAUCACAUAAUAACACAUUUGUGUUUAUAUUCACGUUUACACCUAUUGUUAGUGCAUGUAGUAUAACUUGUAUUGGAAAAACCAUCACGCUGCAAUCAGCGGUUGCUUUCCAAGAGAGUGAUUACAUGGAAACAUCUUUAUACUUGUUCGAAAUCAAAUACAUUUGUGAAACCUUUUUCAGACCAAUGAAAGAAAGUACUGAAAUUUAUCAUGGAAA